AUACAUUUUCAUCCAGUUUCUACAUUGCUCAUUAGAGGUUUUCCUCUUCCAGUUUCCUACUGUGUUGGAACCUUGGGGACUCAUACCGAGAUCAAGAGAGUGGCAGAGGAAAAGGUCACUUUGCCUUGUCACCAUCAGCUGGGGCUUCAAGAAAAAGACACCUUGGAUAUCGAAUGGCUGCUUACUGAUAAUGAAGGGAAACAAAAAGUGGUGAUUACUUACUCUAGUCGUCAUGUCUACAAUAAUUUGACUGAGGAACAGAAUGGCCGGGUAGCCUUUGCUUCCAAUUUCCUGGCAGGAGAUGCCUCCCUGCAGAUUGAGCCUCUGAAGCCCAGUGAUGAGGGCCAGUACACCUGUAAGGUGAAGAAUUCAGGACGCUAUGUGUGGAACUAUGUCAUCUUAAAAGUCUUAGUGAGACCAUCCAAACCCAAGUGUGAACUGGAAGGAGAGCUGACAGAAGGAAGUGACCUGACUCUGCAGUGUGAGUCAUCCUCAGGCACAAAGCCCAUUGUGUAUUACUGGCAGCGAAUCCGGGAGAAAGAGGGGGAGGAUGAACAUUUGCCUCCCAAAUCUAGGAUUGACUAUAACAAUCCUGGGCGAGUCCUGCUGCAGAAUCUUACCAUGUCCUCCUCUGGGCUCUACCAGUGCACAGCAGGCAACGAGGCUGGCAAGGAAAGCUGUGUGGUGCGAGUGACUGUACAGUAUGUACAAAGCAUCGGCAUGGUUGCAGGAGCAGUGACAGGCAUAGUGGCUGGAGCCCUACUGAUUUUCUUCUUGGUGUGGCUGCUAAUCCGAAGGAAAGACAAAGAAAGAUAUGAGGAAGAAAGACCUAAUGAAAUUCGAGAAGAUGCUGAAGCCCCAAAAGCCCGCCUGGUGAAACCUAGCUCCUCUUCCUCAGGCUCUCGGAGCUCUCGCUCUGGUUCUUCCUCUACUCGUUCCACAGCAAAUAGUGCCUCACGCAGCCAGCGGACACUAUCAACUGAAGCAGCACCCCAGCCAGGGCUAGCCCCCCAGCCAUACAGCCUACUAGGGCCUGACUUGAGAGGUUUUGAACCAAAGAAAGUGCACCAUGCUACCCUGACCAAAGCAGAAGCCACGCCCAGCAUGAUCCUCAGCCAGAGUGGAACCUUCCAAACAGUCUGAAUUACAGUGGACAUGACUCCAUGCUUUUCUAGAAGUCAAGAUCUUAGGACUUUUCUAGUCAUUGAUACUCAGUCACCAGCCACACAUCCCCUCAACCAGAUAAGAGGCCAUUUAAAUAGCAGUGAACAUCACCUGGAACAGAUGCAGAUGCACACUUUCUUCAUAUGAUACCAAAUGAACAAGAGGAUAUAAAGUGAUCAACUCUAAACAGGCAUCUCUUUGUGCCUUUAGACCAGAGUAAAGGGAAGCAGAGAUCCAAAUCCAGCUAUUGAUGACCAAGACCUGUGGUGAAUGCUAGAUAAAAGUGAGGUGAACACACCUAAAAUGUCUCACCUAGGAUGUUUUGCAUCAAUGUUUUGAGCAUCCAUGUCAAGAAGAAACGGGGUGUUGUUUGCAAAUUUUGUAAUCAUUUCUGCAAACCUAUCAGAUUAUUGAGAACAUUCAAGAGUCAAAAAGAACCCAUAGCCUUAUAUUACAUGUAUAUGCACCAUGAACUGGACUGCUUCCAAGAAACUCCAAAGAAAGGAAACAUGUCUCUUUUUUUCUGACUUAACUUCACGUGUCAUGAGGUCAGAUAUUAAUUUCAGGAGAACCUGAAAUGUGGGAGAUGGAGAAGAAUGAUUGUCUCUCACUCUUAUCUAUUACUAAUCUUCCUACUUACAUUGAACUCUAAAAUAAGAACUGAAAAAGGAUUCCAAAAUGUAUAACAAGAUUCUGUGAAAAGCUUUCUAUCUUUAUGUUCAAAGGAUUGUUGACAAACAUUAGAAAUACAUACUGGAGCAAUUGUGGAUAUUCUCUGAAAUUAAAUGCCUCUAAGGACUUCCCAGCUGGAUAUCUUUGGAAGAAACACAUAUUUACUACAAGUCAUUUAACAAUGUCCUUAUACAAAAAUCUUCUAGAGAAAAUGAGACCUAGGAAUGUUGAAAGAUCUCCUGACAUAAAAUUACAGUCUUCUCUCUGAAAACAGGUGAAACCAGAAUUUAAAUACCAACUGGGCUAGAAGGGAGAUUAUAUCAGUUUUCUCUUAAUAUAUAAAGGAAUGAUAUAAGGAAGGUGCCUCAAUUUCUUUCAUUUUAGAAUAUGAACCUGGGACUUCUGAUGAGACUAGACCUUGAAUUAUCAAAAAGAUUAGAGAGACUGCCAACAUUUCCUAUAUGCCAUAAUCAUUCAUUCUUGAAAGGGUGAAGCAGAGCCAGGUGCAGGUGGCUCACACUUGUAAUCCUGGCUACUCAGAAGGCAGAGAUCAGGAGAGUCAAGGUUCAAAGCCAGCCCAGGC